GGAGGAGCGGAGGGCCCAUGAAUUCAUGAAUUAAAUAGUACUGAGGCGCUGAAAGUACGUAUUUACAUCAACAAUGAAAGACAGGACUGAGACGAGAGGAGAAAGUUGUCAGAGAGAGCUGCAAACUAAACUUCUUGAGGAGUUGCACUUAAAACAAGACAAGAUACCGAGGAGGAUAGAGAGAGGGGGGCAGAUAGACAUAAUUAGUCGGUAACAUUUGACUCUGACUAACUUAUUGCUAUCAAGCCGAUUAUAUAUAGCCUAGGCUAUUUUUUUUAACUUGACCGAUUUUGUAUAGCAUAUUUGCACAAAUAUUUAAAUGUAAAGCCUAUAAUUGUUUUGAAUUAGUACUGUUUCAUAUGAGUGAUGAACAUGAUGAGAACUGCGCGGUUUGUCACUCUUCUGGAGCGGAUGAUGUCGACGAAGACGCAAGGAACGCGCUUCUCUCCGUCCUGAACGCUUUCACAACUUUCGCCUCGGAUUGUCUCCUGAAACUGGAAAACAGCAGCGACUGUUGUGAAUCACAAAGAGAGAGAGAGAGAGAGAGAACUCUGGAUUCAAGUCCUCAGUGAAAAGUUAUGACCUCUGCCACGCCCCCUUCUUCCCGUAGCUCCUCCCCACAGAAGGUCUGCCACUCCCAGACACAGACAGAUGUUCUAAAGCCACUCCUAGGUGGAGGAGGCGGGACUCCGACAGAAAACGGACCUGCAGCAUUGAGACGCCGUCGACGGGUGCUAUCUAAAGAUGGGCGGAGCAAUGUACGUAUCGAACACAUUAGUGGUCGAGGGAGGCUUUACCUGCGUGACCUGUGGACGACCUUCCUGGACAUGCAGUGGCGUUACAAGCUUUUUCUGUUUUCUGCCACCUUCGCUGGCACCUGGUUUGUUUUUGGAGUGCUGUGGUACAUAGUGGCACUUGUGCAUGGAGAUUUGCUAGAGUUCGACCCUCCGUCCAACCACACACCAUGUGUGAUGCAGGUCCAAACCCUGACGGCAGCAUUCCUUUUCUCCCUGGAAUCACAAACUACGAUUGGUUAUGGCUUUCGCUGCAUCACUGAGGAAUGUCCUCUUGCUAUCAUUCUGCUUAUUGUCCAACUUGUCAUCACCAUGUUGAUGGAGAUCUUCAUCACUGGAAGCUUCCUUGCCAAGGUAGCACGGCCGAAAAAACGUGGUGAGACGGUGAAGUUCAGUCAACAUGCUGUGGUCGCCAAUCAUGAGGGCCGACCUUGUCUUAUGAUCCGUGUCGCUAACUUGCGUAAGAGUCUCCUUUUAGGCUGCCAGAUGACAGGUAAGCUGCUGCAGACGUCCCUGACUAAAGAGGGUGAGACGGUGCGUCUGGACCAGAGGAAUGUAGCCUUCCAAGUGGACACAUCCAGUGAGAGCCCCUUCCUCAUCUUGCCCCUCACUUACUACCAUGUGAUUGAUGACAACAGUCCAAUGCGGGCCUGGGCUGCCAAAGGUGGUGGGUGGACAGAUCCAGAGCUGGCUGACUUUGAGCUGCUUGUGAUCAUGAGUGCUACCGUGGAGCCGACCUCGGCCACCUGCCAAGUUCGCACCUCCUACCUGCCCGAUGAGAUCCUGUGGGGCUAUGAGUUUCCACCUGUUGUCUCCCUCUCCCCCUCUGGAAAGUAUGUAGCUGAUUUUACCUUCUUUGACAAGGUUGCCAAGACCAAGACCAUGCCCCUUUUCAAGCAAGCCCCGCCUCCAAACAACCAGUCACCACAACAUCAAGGCAAUGGAGACCAACGGGCGGAUGUGGAGAAGAUGCGAUUGGAGGAGAGUUACCGGGAGGAAAGGGGGCGGGGCAGGGGGCGUGUCCAAAAACAGCUUAGCAUCCGCAUUAGUAAUGUCUAGAGAGCGAAAUACAGAUGAAUGAAUGAAUGAAGGGGGGGAUCAGAUGGAGAUAAAUUGCUUGACUACUUGUUUGAUUCAGUGUUCGCCAACUUUUGUUGAUGCCACUGAGCUAACCUGUUAUUCAAGGUAGCAUGCCAGUAGAGUUUGCUAGCACUGAAAUGCACUGGCAUACAAGCAUGAAACAGAGAAGAUAAGAGAGCGACUAUGUUUGGAAUAGCACACUAACAUACUACACCUGCUGUUUCUGCAGUAUAUAGUAUGUAUAUACUGUGCAUAGCAUGCACGUGGUCUGUAUGAACAGAACACAUAAUGAUCUACUAUGGGAAAAUGAUUGGAAAAGCAUGCCUUCUCCUACAUAUUUGCAAAACUCCUAAAAUAUACUUUUACACUUACAACUCACUGCAGUUUCUGGUCACAGUAAAGAACCAACAACUUAUAUUCCUUUUCAAACUAAUUAUGAUUACAAGGACAGAUUAUUGAUUGUUAAAAGCCUAUUUUCACAUGGUAACUUGAACAAUACUAUGUUAUGGGCU